UAUAGCUUUAUAAGCUGGGUUCGGAAGUAAGUAUAAUGUAUUGCGUUAGUUGCUUAAGCAACUGCAGAAAUGGCAUUCUCCAAUAACAAAAUGCUGUGCCUCCACGUGUUAGUCGCCUUUCUAGGGAUCGGCGAUUGCUCUUUAACCCCUAUAUUACGUCCACUCUUGUCUUUGCUUGAUGCACCUGUUUCUACCUCGGUCAAUAAUGGAAACCCUAGUCGCUCUUCCUAUCGUAUCCACGGUUCGCUGCCUCCUGUUAGCAUGUCAUCCGGCCGAUGGGGUGGAGCAAAAAUGGAUGCACCAGUCAUCAUACCGCAAGUGACAAGUCGCGAUGGCGAUAUAUCAUCAAAAGCUCCUCUUCCAGGAGUCAUAAGGACACGCCUUAUUACACCCCAGAUGGACGAGUGGGCCGCUACCAACCCUGAAGUAUCAGUUAAAUAUUUGAAUAGAAUGGGAAAACUCGACGGUGAUAAACUCGGUUGGACUUAUAGAACCGGUAAUGAUGUACCCAAAGUAACAGUUAAUCCUUUGAAAAAAGGAUACACAGAUACAAAAAAGGGUUGGAUGAUUGAUGGUUCAGGAGAAGGAGAUUGGGUAAAAAAACCUAUCAUCGUUAAACCAUUGAAAGACGGAUACAGAAGAAUGAUGUUAUAUAGUGGUACCGGAGAUGUAGGCUUGAGGAGAGACGGGUCGAAUGAGGCGGGUUCUAAUGAACAGUCUUGGAAAACGAGUAGAUGGAUUAAUAGGUCGGGUGAGGACCCCGGGCAUGACAGUGAUGAUCAGGCUGACCGCGAUAGACAUGGUGUAAAGACUUACUGGAGAAGCGCCAACAUCCCAACGGAUUCCAAUGAAGACAUGGAACGUAUCGUGAUUAUAGAAAAACCUAUUUUGUCCCGGACCCACACUCACUACCACUCUAAAGACGCAUCUCGUAAACAUCUCAGGCGCGGGUACAAAUUGGCAAGAAAUGGCGAAAGCGCCUGCCCGUACUGCUCCGACGCUUUAGUUUGAUUUACUGCCCUUACUGAUAUAAAUUGCAACAAACGUUACAAAAUUCUUCCAAGUUGUUAUUAGGCCUUUAUUCAGUUUGAAAAUACAGAUUUUACUUUCGA